CCGGCCGGGCAGGCGGCGGCGGCGGCCGCGGCGGUCGGACGAAGCGGCGGUGGAGGCGAUCGGUCCCUGAGGCAGAGGAGCCCGGCUUCUUGCGGCACCAUGAUGCCCGGGGAGACUCACUCCAAGGCUGCGGGAACGGCAGCGGAUGCCUCGGGUUGUCAGGGCUGCUCCGCGCUCCAACAGAAUUUAAAUGAAUAUGUUGCUGCACUAAUCACACUAAAACAAAAAAUAAUUGAUACAGAUAAUUUGCUGACAGAAUAUCAGAAGAAAUGUGAUAAGCUGCAAUUCGCAGAAAGAGAAAACGCUGCACUUCGUAAGCAGGUGGAACAAAUGUUGCAAAAAAUUUCCCCUCUGGAGAAAUGCCAGGAAGAACUGGGAUGUUUGAAAGCAGAGCUAGAAGAAAAAAAGAGUUCUCUCAAGAUAUAUCAGGAUUCUUAUCAUGAAUAUACUCGUGUGAAAGAAGAAUGCCUAAAAAGUGAUGCUCGGAAGAAGAAACUCGAAGCCAAAGUGAAAAAGCUAGAAGAAGCUGCAGUAAAACACACUGAAGACUUAAAGCAAUUGAAAAUUGAAAAAAAAAUUCUUGAAAAAGAGCUCAAGAAGACACAGGAAAAACUUGAUGAGUUUCCUAAGCAAAAUAGUAAGAAAGUUUUGAAACAUAUGGGGACUCAGAGUUCCAGUAAUGAGCCAGUUGAAACCCUAGACAAGAAAAAAAUAAAACUGCUUUUGAAGGAGCUCUGGUUGUGCAUUGACUCUACAAAAGAAAGGCUACAGAAUGAAGACAAUGAAGAUGUCUACGAAAAGGCUGCCAAAGAAAAUACACAGUCUAGGAAAUCUGUUGAAGAAUAUGGACUGCUACCUCGAGUGCAGAGCAAUAACUUCAGAUCUCCUGAAAUGAAGACUUGCCUAAGAAGCUUCUCUGCACAGUUAGAGCAGGAACUCCUUGGAGGGUGUAGGUCCAUUGAGGAGGAUGGUCCCAUCACUGUCAAUGUACAAGACUGCAGUAAUGACUCAGCUUUUCAUGAGGACAGAAAUCCUGAGGUUUUUGUGCCAAGCAGUUGGGAGGAAAAUAGUUCUGAUUCCUCUGAUCCGGAAGAUAUGGAAGAUAAACCACUCAUGAAGGACCUGGAAGCCAUCUUUGACCUCUUCAGACUUCCCCCACCACUUCUGUCCCCAGUGUCCACGCCUCCUCCAACACCAUUAAGAUGUCAGGUGCCAUCAUCAUCUCCACUUGCACCUGAGGACUAUUUUGGAGAUUUUACAGAUUCCAGUGAAGAAGAGUUGGUGGAUAGAGAACAUACUAUGCAAUCUCUUUUAGAAAAUGGCACAUCUGAGUUUCUGAAUGCUUCUAACUCUUCUGAACAGAAAGAAGAAAGUAGUAAACUUAUAGAACAAAUUGAACCAGAUCUUGGAAGUCAGGAUCCAGUGAAUCUGGAAAUGAAUGAAGAAACCUCUAUUGGAUGUGAUAUUUUACCAACAGGAUUAAAAUUCAAAGGUAGUAAGCCUAAUUCAAAAGAAAUAGAGAUGCCUUUUUCAUGUGCUAGCCCAUUACUCCAUAAAGAACAUCUUGCAGUGUCAAAUGAAAAUACAAAAGAUGAAAAUAAAUAUGUCUUAGAUGAAGAUAGUAUAUCACAAGAUAACAAGGAAAGAAGUGUCAUAUCACUGCAAAGUAAAAGAGCAACCUUUAGAAUACCUCAAAUACCCACUGAAACUGAGUGUUUACGUAAGAUAUCUGAUGACCUAAUUCAAGUGACAGAUAAUGCUGAAUUGAAUGAAGAAAUAUGUAAUUCUUUGGAUAGCCAGGAAAAGUUAGUUGUACAAGUUACAUCUGAAGAAAAAAUCUCAUUGCCAGGACCUGAAUCACACAAAUUAGAAUUUUCUAAACAAAUACCUGUUAAUGGACUCAGCUCUGAAAAUGAAAAAAUGGUCAUGGUUUCUGAACAUUUGCAAGAAAUAAUUGGAGAAUUGCCUGGAAAAGAAGCAAAAGAAAUGCAAGGAUUUAAUGAACAGAAUCCUUCUGAAUCCAAACAAGAUGUACUCAUUAUGAUGGAUACAAGUGAGCUUGAUGUCAAGACAGAUGUUCUCUCUUCUCCCCAUGUCAUGUCAUCUAAUUGUAGUAAUCCUCAGUUCUCCUUUGAUUUAGAAUAUAAUAAUGAGGUUUCUUGGAAAUUCAAUGGACAGUGUACUUUAAUUGAAGUUGUAAAUACAGACUUUUUAAAUGAGACUGUUCCAAAUCAACUCCAUUGCGCAGAACAAAAAUCCUGUGAAACAAUGCAUAAUAAUAUUUCAGAUACAGUAGAUAAGCAUUCUGAACCUACAGAUUAUUCUAAAGAAGAAUAUAAUGUAGAGGAAAACAUACAUGCUUUGAGCCCUAAUUCAGCAACACCCAUGCUUACUGAUCAAAACAGCAGAGAUAUAAAAUGUUCUGAUGAAUCAAAAGGCGUGGCUAAUACUUAUGAGGUUGAUCAGGCAGCAUUUGAAAAAGACACAGGAGAUAAACAAUGUGAAACUGAAAAACCAGGAGUUGAACUUAAUACAACUAAAUCAGGUGAUUUAAUUUCCAUAGCAUUUCAGAGUGACUUGGUAAAGAGAGAUCAUCAUUUAGACUUUAAUACUUCAUGUCCUAAUAUAGAUGCUGGUAUGGUUAUAGAGAGAGAAAAUGAAGGAAGUCCAGAAGCUAAACUCAUCUGUGAACAAGAAGAUAAUAAGCAAUUACAGACAGAAAUUCUUGUUACAGAAAAUGUUCUGUCAUCACCCAAAUUGGAUUCUCAUGGAAAGGAAGUUAAACCAAUAGCAUUUACUUUUAAUAAUCAAGUUUCGAUUAUUUCUGAGCAGUUGAAAUCUGAAGAACUCCAAGUUACCAACUUGGAAGAUCUUGCGUCUCAUGUUAAAGAGAGCACGUUGACACCUGAUAAUACUUACACUGAACCUGAACAACAUAUGCUAUCUGAAGCAGAAUAUAUUGACAAAGAGAAAUGCCAGCUGUUAAAAGUCAAGCAAAUAGCAACUGUAAACUGUCCCUCAGCAGAAGAUUCUGCUUCCUGGAUAACACCAGAUUUAAACUGUUUUAGUGAAUCUUUAUUAGUAGAAAAUUCUCAUUAUGACACAAUUAGAAAAUUAUCAACCAGAUCUGAAGAGAUAUCCCUCGAGAGCCAGAAGAGUAAUGUGUCAGAAGUAGAUAAAAAACAAGAUCUGCAAAAUCAAGGUCACCUUAGCACCAUGAGUGCUAAGGGAGAAUUCACUCCAUCCACAAAUAUUUCACUUCCAGAUGAUUUAGCCACAGAAGAAAUUUGCUCAGGAGAUGCUUCCAUAUCAGAUUUAGAAGUCUUAGUUACACCUUUGGACUCUGUGUCUCUUAAAGUUCAGCAAGUUCAGAAAGAGAGAACUCCUGGGAAUACUUGUUUGAAUUCUUACAUGAAAGAAGAAUGUGCUUUCCCUUUAUCCCUAAGUAAAAAAAAUGAAAAUGACACCCAAGUUAGACUGAAUAUACUUAAUGACAUUGUGCAGUGCUACAUGGGUAGCCCAGAAGACACAAAACAUGGUUCUGAAGAUGAGAAGUAUGAUCAAAUUAGUUAUGAUAGUAAAAGUAAAAAUGAAACUGAAACUAACCGCGAAACCAAAGAGCAAAAUUUCAACAAAGAACCACAAAUGCAAAUGGGAAAAUCUAAUACUUAUAAAGAUGCUCAUGAAUGUAUGAAAAGAAGAGGUUCUUUAGACAUAGAGUAUUUGACAUCAGCUCUGAAAGAUUUUAAUUUAAGUACUGUUUCUGAGACAAAUGGAUUUUCUACAUCAGAGAUAUUUAAGAUUCUCGAAAAUAGCACACAGGACUGUACUUCAGGGAACUCUGUUUCAGAAUGUUUUGACAAAGUAUUGACAAAUAAGGAAAUGAAAAACAAACUAAAAAUAGGAAAAGUAUCUGAAGAAAACUUGAGAAAACACUCUUGGGUAAAAUCUCAUGAGGUUUCCAAAGAAACAAAUGAUUCAGAAGAAGAAAGCAAUCGUUUAAGAAAGGUUAAGCAUGCAAGUCAAUUUACCUAUUAUUUACUAGGGGAAACCACUAAGACUUACACCAAAGAAAUACCUGGCAUUGAAAACAUUUGUAAAGAUUCUCAUACUAAAUCUCCUGAUGUUUCUUUUCUGAAUACACGCAACAGUAUUACAGCUGGAUGCUUGAAAGAAAAAUCUCUUUCCUGUGAAAUAGCUAAGCCUUCGUCAGACAUAAAACAAUCAUCACUGAUUCUAGAUUUUGAUGCUGAAACAAAGUCGUGCACUGAUAGGUUUGUUAAUGAAAACACUCAAAGAAGAGAACAUACAGAAUAUUCAGAUGCAGCCAAAGGGAGAAAUGAUAGUAAAGACACCACAGAAAUCGAAAAAGUUGGGGAAAGUACCAUUGAGCAAAAUACGGGAAAUUCAAAAGGAGGUAUGUUGCUUCAUCAUAUAUCUAGGAUAAAUCCAGAAAUUGUAAAUGGGUAUGGAAAACAUGAUAAUUUGAAUUUAAAUAUCAAAGAAUCUGAAGAUUGGAUGAUUACAAAGGAUGGAAAUAUCCAGUCAAGCAUGGACCAAAUUGUAGCGCAUGAAGUUCCUGAGGCAGUCUCUAGAGUGCAAGCUAUUCUUUCUGGAGAUAUCUUAGAAGAUGCACUUGAUUCUCUUGCCUCUACUGAAUACACAUCAAAUGCUGAACAAAAUCAGAGUGAUUCCCCAUCUAACGAAUGUUAUGAUGAUGAUGGUCCUUCAUCCAAACAGAAAGAUGGUUCAAAGAGUGGUCAAAAUGGUAUCUUUGAUAAAGACACGUUGUGGAACCCAUCUGUGUGUGAUGUAAAUUUUGACUCUCAAGAAAAUAAUCAGACUUCAGAAUCUCCAAGUAUUUCCUUUGAUAACACACAGGAUACUUUAGAACUUGAGCCAUUUGUUGAUUUAAUCAGUCAAAGUAAGCGUGGGUCAAAAAUGUCAAACCAAGAAUCAUCACAUAAACUGACAAAGGCUUUAACCAAAUCUAAAGUUGAAGUUAAGCAGUGCAAAACUUCUAAAAAGUCUUCAAGGGUGAAAAGCAAAGCAAAAAUUCAACACAGUCAUUUAGCUCAGCCAGUUUUGGCAACUGCUGAUACUUCUACACCAACAAAAUGUUCUCCUGAUACUCUGAGUAAAAUAAGGCAAGAGAUGGGGCCACCUUUGCCUCCUUUGCUUGCACCGUUGCUAGCAACACCCCCAAGGACUCUGCAUCCAGUUUCCCCUCUAAUGUCAACCUCUAGUCAGUCUUCUCUAACUUCACCACUUGAUGAUCUGAUUUCCCCAUUGCGUGAUACACCAGUCCCUCCACUUAUGUCUCCACUGUCUGAUGAUCCACGGUACAAGUCUCCUAUGCAUAGUACUCCAUCUCCUUCAGAUGCAUCUGCCAGUCAAAGAAUCUUAUCAUCACCUUUGCAAUUUUGUGCUGCCACACCAAAGCAUGCACUUCCUGUGCCUGGAAGGCUUCCUCCAUUGGCAGUUGGCACUACUGCACUAGGAGGACCCCAGGAGAACUCUGUAAAAAUCCUUGAUACCAUGUAUCCAGAGCUGUCUGCCAGGGCAAGAACACUUAACAUUCUUAAAGGGAAUAUUCAGCUGAAUAGAUGUCCUCCAGCAGAUUGUAAAAAUUUACCAGGGCCUGUAAAUAAUAUUACAGGAUUCAAAGCAAUCACUUCUGCAUCAACUGCUUUUGUUAAAACAGGAAGCACUUCUAAUACUGAAUGUGAUCAAGGUAAGCUAAAAGAUUUUGAGCCUGAGCUUACAAGUUUCCAGAGUCAUGGUGGGAAAAGACCUUUGGUACCAUCAACCAUAUUAAGGAGUGCAAAGAGGUUACGUUUAGACAGUGAGUCACCAAAAUUGGAGAUUAAGGUAGAUGUACCAGAAAUCAUCAAGACUAGUUCUCCUCAAGCUGAAAACGUCAUGACACAUGAUGAUGAGAAUUCUUCUGUUCAGGAAUUGACAGACAACACUGUUGCAGAAUUAUCUUCAGCUUUACAGGAACAUAAAGAGUCACAUGAUAGCAUCAUGAGUAAUGUCCUGAAAAAGAUUGCUGAGUCAUCUUUUGAUUUGUUACCUGUCAUCCGAAGUCAUGUGCAUGUAGGAAAUGUUUCAAAAAAGCCAGUGAUGAGAGAUCAAGAAAAAGAAGUUGUUUGUGAAUUUAGUACCACAAAGAAGCACUUGGCACAACCUUUGCUUCAUGCUAUUCUCUCUGAAUUGAAAAUUCACAAGACUUCCUUGGAUUACACUUACAUUCAUGCUCUCUGCAGAGUGUAUGUCGGAAUAUGUCGGCAACUGGGAGACUUGGAAAGAGCCCGACUAUUUUGCUAUGACUUACUUAAGGAAGAUUUUCCAGAAUCUGAUAAAUUAACUUUGUUUAUUGCAAACAUAUGGCAUGAUAUAUUUGCCUUCCAAGGAGUGAUUAAUAAAGCAAUGCAGCUGGUUGUCCGACAACGUGCUAAAGGAGAAGUUCUGAACUGUUUGAUUACAUAUCUCAAUUGGGAAAAGACUUCCUCCUUAGAUGUUAGUAUGAUGAUCUCCAAGUUGCUUUCGACAAUGCAAUUAUGUCCUAAAAUGCAGUUUCACUUAAGUGAGAAAUUUGGUGAAGAUCUAAAUGAUGACACGUGGGAAUAUAUAUUUGCCCUUGAUCUACUCUGCUGUCAUCAGAAAUGGGUUUGGACACAUGAUAAUAUCAUAAGUAAAGAGCUAUGGCCUGUCAUGGAUAAGUGGAUAAAGCAUAGAAAAGGACAUUUGAACAUCGCAUACACUCCAGAUAUUAUUGUGGCAUUGAUACUCAGGCUAAUUGCUUAUGAAAUCCUGCCUCUUCCAGCAAGCAUUACCCAAUGGAAAAGAGGUCGUUUAGGCCAACUAGGUUUGAAAGAAGGAUUUUCUUCUGCUGUGAAAAAUAUCAGUUCUGUGAUUUGUAUGUUUAUACAGCAUUCAAAUGAAGAAGAUGUGCCCUGGAGUAUUCAGUUAGCAGCUGUAUAUGCUCUUUGUGACUUGAGUCCCAGCAAUCCCGCAGAAGUAUCCAAGGUACUAGAAAAUUGGACAAGAGUGACCACAAAGAACAUCCCAUCUGCUGUUGUGAGCUGCUUAGCUGAAAUCAAUUUGUUGUGUGCAGCAGAACUCAGCUAAACCAUUGAGAAGAAAGACACUGCAUCUGUCCAAGUGCCUUUUUGUCUUUAUCAGAAGAGUUGGUUGAUACAAUUCAGAAAUGAUCAAAGCAAUAUCAGCAACAAAACCAGGCAAAAGACAGACAUUCCUUAUUGCUAUAGACAAAAAAGAAAAAGUUAAAAUAACUUUAUUCUAGAAGGCAUGUCCUUCCUAAAAUUAUCAUAUUAUUGAAUAUACAUUUCAUAGAAGCUUGACAUGUUUUAAAUGAUUAUGGGUUGAAGUAUUGUAUUAUGAUCAGAUAACAGAAACUUGAACUUUGCCCUUUUUGCUGCAGAAAGUAUCUUUUUUAGUGUUGGCUUUUAAAAUAUAUAUAUGUGACAUUUUAAAUUUAAUCAAACAAUGAAAAUGCUAUUGGUUCUUGAACCAAAACAGUUUCUGGACUAUGCACUCAAGAUAGAGAAUUAUAUAGCUAAAAAAGACUUGGAUAGCAAAGUCUUCCGUUACUGAGCCUACAGAUGGGCUACAAAACUGUAUUUUUUGUUUGUGGUGGGCUUCUGGAGAGAACAAAAGACAAAGCUCUUGCCAGAAAUUCAUUUUAACUUAUUUUCUCCUCAUUUGUAAACUUCGGUAAAACUGUUCCGUUUCAUCCUAUUGUAGUAGGAAAGGGCAUCUGAGAAGUCAAAACUAAAUUUCAAAUGCAGUUUUAUGUAUUAAGUUACAUGUAUAUAAAAGAUUCAGAGAUAACCAGUAGAUCUCUGUGUAUGUUUUAUAUGUACAGUAUAAUGCUAUAAUGUGUUUCACAUUUGAUGAUGUUCCCACUUUGGGAAUUUUAGUGUUUGUAUAUAGAAAAGGGGUUUAAUAACUCACCAUGGUUCUGAUUUGUCUUGUAUUCAUUUCUUAAAAUGCCUGUACAUGUUCAUGUUCUUUGUUGUUUUUUAUAAUAAAAACAAAAUGAACCAU